AUGGACGACGAUUGGUUCUAAGAUGAUUCUUAAAUUGAUUCGAGGCAAUUAGAAUUAAAGCUGGCUGAGAAUGAAUAGAAAAGAAAUCAAAGAGAUUAAUGGAAUAAAGGCUAUUUAGAUGGUCUAGAAUGGGCAGACAAAAAUUACUCAUCCUAUGAUUUGAAUGAAUCUGAUUCAAGCAUAUAAGAUCUAAGAGAACACUUUGAUAAAUCAGUUGAAGAAGGUCGAUUUGCAUACUUGCUGUUAGCAGAUAAUCUUGGUCCAAGUUUUGAUGAGUAAAGAAAUGAAUUAAGGUAAAUGAUGGAAUAAUUGAACCUUGGGUUAAAAAACUAAGACUAGAGUGAUCAUAUUGUCAACUAAUCUAGAGAGUUAAGGUAGAAAAUUAAUAAAGAUAUCGACAUUGAAAUGAAUUGA